AUGAGAUGUGUGAGCAUGUGUGUGUGGCCCAGGUACAGUAAUGAGUGUGGCAGUGUGUGCUGCAUAUUUGCCGCCAUUACUACCCUAUUCUGAGAAAAGGAAAAAGGAGGGUGGUGAAAGGGUUAAUGUGGCGUUUUUUUUUCCGAAGCCGUAGCUUCCUGCCGUGCGUCACUGGGCAGACAAGGGGCCUGAGUAAGGGGAUGUCUGAGGAGGCUGUUCGCCAGACGCGCAGUCAGAAGAGGGCACUAGGGAGAGAAGUCCCUCUCACUGAGUCUGACCGCAAGAAGCCCAAACUAGACCGGGCAGAGACUGGAGUUCCAGACCAGGAUGAUGAGAGCUCAACUAAACCGGAACCACAACCCGAAACCACAAAAGAUGACCUAGACCAGUUUAAACAUGUGGUCAAGCCUGAGAAGGCACCAGAACUAUCCAAGUUAAAAUUAUCGCUAGUGUUACCAUCCCAACCAGCAAAGGAGCCAGAGCGGGACCGGGCCUCGAAACGGUCAGAUCCGAGCUUAGACUACCGGCCUGAGAGGAAUGACCACAGCGACCAGGUCAGGGUGAAGAGUGAGGUGCCUCUAGAUGGGCGGAACAGGACCGUGAAGUCGGAACCGAUGGUGGCUAGUGGUAUGAUGGCGACAACGGAGGUGAAGGCUACCAUUAAAGUGGAGGUCCAGACAGGAGAGCAGGUGCUGGACAUGAGCACCUCUAGAGGCACUUUAAAGAGGGAGAAGUGUCCCCUGUCCCCAGACGAUGAUGUCAUUGUCCUGUCGGAUAAUGACUCCUGCAGUCCGCCGAUGAAUGGCUUGAACCACCUCAAGGAGCUGGACACAGACCUACUUAUGAAGACCAGUCCAGAGGACAGGGAUCGCAUCAUAAAGCAGUUGAAAGAGGAGCUGAGGCAGGAGGAGGCCAAGCUGGUGCUGCUGAAGAAACUACGACAGAGCCAGAUACAGAAGGACACACUGCAGAAGGUAUGGAUGCAUAUAGCCAAGCCCUCAGUAUUGUUAGGUUCUGCAGCUCCUCCAUCUCUGAUCCGGGGAUCCAUUACAGCCAGCAAAGGCUCCCAGCAGGUGGGGUCAAGUAGGAGUUCAGGCACAGUCAUUCCUCCUCCUCUGGUGAGGGGCGGGCAGCAGAUCUCCUCCAAACAUGGCUCCCACAACUCCCAGAUCAUCAUGCCACCCCUAGUUAGAGGGGCACAGCCAAUUGCUGUGUCUCCUCAGCAGAUCCAGUCUCUCCGGCAGCAGCAACAGCAGCAACUGUCAGGGUCUGGCUCUGGAGGCUCUGGCCCCCCUCCCCUGCUGCUGGCCUCCAGGGCCAACGUACCCGGCACCCAGGCCCAGAGAGGCCUCAUGCAGUCUGGCCUCAUCAGGGUGGGAAACGUCAACAAUACCAGCCUGCUGGUCAACAUCUCACAGGCCACCCCAACUAACAUGAAGGUUCCUUCUAUGACGUCCCAGUCUGGAAACAGCAGUGUGUCUGUGGUCAAUGUGAACGACUCUCCUGCCGCCUGUCAGGCCGCAGCUAAGCUAGCCCUGCGUAAGCAGCUGGAGAAGACCCUUCUGGAGAUCCCUCCUCCCAAACUUCCCACCCCAGAGCUAAACUUCCUGCCCUCGGCAGCCAACAACGAGUUCAUCUACCUGGUGGGCCUGGAAGAUGUGGUGCAGAACCUGCUGGACUCCAUGAUGAGAGCUAAAACAGGGAAGCCCCCAGUCAAGCCCUCCAUCAAAGAACCCUUCACCUGCGCCCAGUGCAUCACCGAUUUUACCUGCCGUUGGAGGCAAGACAAGGCCAAGGGCGGGACCAUCCUCUGUGCAGAUUGCAUGUCCUCCAAUCAGAAGAAGGCCCUGAAGGCCGAGCACACCAAUAGGCUGAAGGCUGCGUUUGUCAAGGCCCUGCAGCAGGAACAGGAGAUAGAGCAGCAGAUCCUCCAGCAGGCUGCCUCCCCCAUCUCUCACACCCCCUCCUCCUCUUUCUCCUCCUCAUCCACCUCUCUGUCGGUGAAGGCGGAGCAUCUAGUGUCCCAGCAGCUGAAACAGGCUCAGGCCCAGGCUAGGGCCUCCUCUCUGCAUCACCAGCACCAUCACCAACAGCACAACAGAGGACAGAGCAUUGCACGCCACCACUCCACCAACAUCAAACAGGGCCAGCUCUCCCGUGGCGGUGUCCCAUCUGUGGGGGUGUCCCACUCUUUUUCCUCCUCUCAGCUGCAGAGUGCAGUGGCCGCUGCAGGCUUGGUCAGCCGGCCAGGUAAGCAUGCCUAUGUACGCUUGGCUGCCCAGGGUUCAAAGGGCAGCUCCAGUGGGAACAGCAGCAGUGGUAGCGCCCAAGCCACUGCAUGGAGGAAGCAGAACAACAUCAACACAGGUGUGACCAUGGCCUAUGUGAACCCCAACCUGCCAGUCCAUAAGACCUCGUCCACAGUGGACGCCCGCCAGAGAGAGUACCUCCUGGACAUGAUCCCCUCACGCUCCAUCUCCCAGACAGCUAACACGUGGAAAUAAUAAUCUCAUACUCAUUAUCAAUAACCUUUUACCAAUAGCUACUGUUGUCAAUGCAAACAAUGCAAUCUACAGUUAAGGAAACGCAGUCUUCAAACAUUUUUUUUCUCCUUUUUUUUGCCGAGUGUUUUUGUUUCUCUUAUGUUAUUUUUCAUGUCUAUUGUUUCUUAUGAAGUUCACCGAUGUUUGGUCAGUGUGCAUAAACAGCGAUUUACUUCGAAGAAAAAAAAUAAAUGUGCCUAAAGGGCUUCCUUCCAUAUGUUCGUCAGCCAUGAUGUCUGCGAGUUCAUGAUGGUUUGAGAAUGUUGCUUUUCUCUCAACAACUCAUGAGAUGGCGUUCUGCCAACUGUGCGUUGAUAUCCGACCAUGAAAACGAUGUAUGGAGCUUUACCUAUUGGACGGAACAAUGAGCCUUGGCCUUCUGUCAUCAUAGACUCAGCAAUGGGAUGCAGAAAAACUGUCGAGGUGUGUUCAAGAUUAAAUGACUGACUAGCUUGAACUGUUUGCCUUAUAUUCAAGAGUACCCUAAAAAUAGAUAUAUGACAAAAAAUAUGAUCAAAAAACAUCCUCUUUAAAUUAGAAGUUAGCUUUUUACAACCAAAUCUCUAUUUUCGAUGUAAAUUGCAUGUUAUAGAAGGGUCCACACACUUUUUGCGAUUUCCCUUUAAAAAAGUUGUACUUACCAGAACCAGCGAUUCACUUCCUCAUGUUCAUUGUGCAGUACGUGGGCUCUGAAAAAACAUGAACAAAUGCUUCAAAAACACCUAAAUACAGAAACACUGUCAGUAUAGUGAUGCAGGUCUUUAGAUGUUGUACACAUGCAAUUGUGUCAUUCCAAACUUUAUAUUCCAUUUUGUAUAACAUCUAAAGACCUGCAUCACAAUAGAGCAUUUCAGUUUCUAAAAGGGUGUUUUUGGAGCAUUUGUUCAUGUCUUUUCCGAGCCCCCAUUAUGGCACAACGAGGAUGAGGAAGUGAAUGGCUAUUUGGGGUAAGUUUCUCAAAAACAAGUGAAACUGAAAAAAAAGUGUCUAGACCUUUCUAUAACAUGCUAUUUGCUUACAGAAAAGGAAAAUUCUCCUUUUAAAGAAAAACCGAGCAGUGAAGUUUUCAGUGCAUAAACUCAGUAACAGUUGAUUUAGAUUUGUUGGGUAUUUACAGUAAGUUAUUGGUUAUUUUGGGGGGACUGAUGUAUAAAUGAACAAUUCCUGUUAUGGUUUUAAAAACUGAACAAUUAAUACUAGCCUCAUACACAUUUGUUGUCUUUUUUAAGUAAAGAUUUUUUUCCCCCACCAUGUAUGUUAUUCAGCUAUUUACAGAGUUUGACAGAGCUUUCACAUAAGCAGAACAAGUAGAGAGGAUCUCUUUAUUAUAUGUUUGUCUGUAGCCUCUGCUUUGGUUUUACAUUAUUUAAUUCCGAGUUGUCCCUUCAUGUGUAAUAACAUGUCUGUAAAGAGAACUAGUGGCAUAAUAAAGACUGUUUGAAUUACAUGCAAACAAAGUUUCAGUGGAAGACAUAAGAUUCUAGACUCACAGGAGUCAUAUCCCAGAUCAUUUUACAAAAUGUUUACAUUGCUGUCACCUGCUUAGGUACAUUUCAAGUUUAGGUUUUUGGUUGCCAUGUCAUGAAGCUUGGUUACGUACAGCAACUUUUUGGUGAAGUUUGAGGAUGUACAAAAGACAGAGGAGAGAAUAAACAUGUCUUAUAUUGAAAUCACUCAUUGAUUUUGUAUGCUUGGCAUCAGGACCAAUAACUUGUAUCCCAGACAGGCCUGUGGUGAUGUAAUUGGGUUUACUACAGUGCUGCUGUAGGCUCCUUUUACUUCCUCAAGUAGUCUCAUACUCGCUUUUCAGUUUUGUUCUCUUCUACUGUAAUUCUCUUCUGUAAAAGUUCCAUAGGCCUGCUAUGUGGUUUAUAAAUGAAUGAACAUCUGUG